CUGGGUGACUGUGUCUUGUUUAGUUUAGCUGUAAUUAAAUCUUUCUCCAUCUUCCACCAUGAGGAUCUACAAGGACAUUUUCACCGGUGAUGAGAUGUUCUCAGACACCUACAAGAUGAAAUUGAUUGAUGAUGUUAUAUACGAAGUAUAUGGCAAGAUGGUCACUCGUAAAGCUGGUGAAAUUGAAAUUGCUGGAUUUAACCCAUCAGCAGAGACAGCUGAUGAGGGCACAGAUGAAGCUGUAGAAAGGGGUGUUGAUGUAGUUUUAAAUCAUCGACUUCAAGAAACUUAUGCAUUUAAUGACAAGAAGUCCUAUACUCUUUAUCUGAAGGAUUACAUGAAAAAACUAGUAGCAAGAUUAGAAGAAAAAUCUCCUGAUCAAGUGGAAGUAUUCAAAACUAACACAAACAAAGUUAUGAAAGAUGUCUUGAGUCGUUUCAAAGACUUACAGUUUUUCACUGGUGAAUCCAUGGAUAUUGAUGGCCUUGUUGCAUUAAUGGAAUACCGUGACAUUGAUGGUGACUCUGUGCCAGUACUUAUGUUCUUCAAACAUGGUCUUGAAGAAGAAAAGUUCUAAACAAUUUUAGAUAUGCAACAAAUUAUGGAAAAAAAUAUUAUAAACUCAAAUCAAGACUGUACACAUGCUGGAAAGCUGUGAAAUUUAGUUGAAAGGAGACACAAUUUUACUUCCAAUCUCAUUUUACAAAACAGUUAAGUUAUUUCUUUUAAACAAAUAGGAAAACAAUAUAUUAAUGACCGCAUCAAAGAAAGUAAUAAUUGUACAUAUGGCGUGACUGAAAAGAAAAGUAAUAUAAGAUGUCCCCUUAAUGUGACAAUGUAUUUGAUUCACUGUGGUGUUUGUAAUAUUAUUUUCUACCUUCUUUUUUAUCGAAUAUUAUUGGAACACUUUAUUUAUGAGAAAACAAAUGGAAGAUGGGGAAAGAACUUUGCAACAGUGGAAGUAUCGAAGUAUGUCUAAUUAUUGUUAACAUCAUGAAUUGUCAGUGACUAAUAAAUAUAUCAGAAACAUACUCUGUAUAAUGUCCAUCAUGAAUAAAAAAAAAGUGUUUUCAUAAAU